AUGUCAUGUUGCCUUGUGCUUCGGAGUCGUUGGUCUCACGAGCUGCGUGAGAGCGUGCGGGCCCAGGGGGUCAGCCUUGCCGGCCAGCAGCGCGGAUUACAAGAUGAUCGUACAUCUUUGAUACGCGAAGUGUUCCGCGCCGCGGAUGCUGCACGUUUUGUUUUGAAGUUGAAUGUGCUUCCGAAAGCCGUGGUGAAUCAAGUGUUGGAUCCGUCUUUGCAUUUGGAACGUCCAGACAACGCUCAAUCCGUUUUGGAUCUACAAGAGAGCCAGCUUGAAGCGGUGGGCGGCAUCAAGCUCCUGGACCACGCGGAGAAAUGUCUGAACUGCGUCGGUGGGCUUGCAAAAUGCUCCUCGCCGGACACUCCGGAGCACACAGUGGAAGACAUCUCCAAGGCGUGCAACCCGAGUCCUCAACCCGGCGACAAGUGGAGCUGGAAAGUGGAUCCCAAGUCCCCUUACGACAUCGAGCUGAAUUACCCGAUGUCCAACCUCUCCCAUGAGACCACGUUCAUCGUGGAAAUCUGGUCCGCCUUGGACGCUUCAGGCAAAAACUCCGUUGCGAAGAAGGGCCGACAGGUCACCAACUGGUUGGCGACGGCCACCCUGGGAUCCCAGACCUUCCGUGCCUGGGCAAAAGUCACUGUGAACAUGAACGGCGACUUCAUGAAUGCAGCUGUCAAAGGAAAGAGAACCUUCGAGCUCCCCCAAAGCGCCGAGGAACUCUACCAGGAGGACUGCGUCCGUCCUGCCGAUGCGAGUGGUUACACGUUGACGGAGACGAACAUGGUGAAAGGAGACAAGUUCGAUGUGGAGGCCACUUGCGCCGAGGUCUACAAGGGCACUGCCAAGGUUGAGCAGUGUGAUGGGGACAAGAAGCCAUACAAGCUCUCUGGAUGUGUGGUGGAGACCUGCACCAAGCCUAGCAACCUCGUGGGCUACGAGCUGACCGAGACGAGCCUCGCGAGGAACGCUUUCCAGGUUGCUGUGGAGUGCUCCUUCGGCUACACCGGUGAGCCUUCCACUUCCGUGUGCCCCAAGGAUGGGGCUGAGUAUAUCCUGGCAGGGUGCGUGCAGACCACCACCACAACGUCGACCACGACCACCAGCACCUCAACGACGACCUCGACCUCCACGUCGACAUCCACGACGACCACCAGCACAACCACGUCCACAAUCACCACCACGACCACGACCAGCACCUCAACGGUCACCAGCACCACUACCACUUCCACCACCACCACGACAACCUCGACGAGCACGGUGACCAGCACCACCACUACCAGCACCACCACGAGCACAACAACCACAAGCACUACCACAACAACUACCAGCACGUCAACCACCACAAUCACGACGACCUCUACCACAACGAGUACCACCACCAUCACUUCAACCACCACUACCACAACGAGCACCACCACCAUCACGUCGACCAGCACAACCACAACCUCCACGACCACCACCACGUCCACCACCACCAUUGUGAAGUACUGUGCGAAGGCCAAAGACUCGACGGGCUAUGUUGUGGCCUUGACGAACCUGGAGAUGCUGGCCUUCGACGUCACCGCCGAGUGUGCGGACGGCUACUAUGGAACCGCCGACGUGAAGGCCUGUGGCCAUGCCGAUGAGCCCAUCUCCCUCAUGGGCUGCCACAAGGUCCUGACUUGCCACAAGCCCAAGGGCCUCCUCGGCUACAAGCUGACGGAGAACAGCGUCUACAUCCACAACUUCGAUGUGGAGGUGAAAUGCUUGAAGGACUUCCAUGGCAAGCCUGAGACCAAGGCCUGUGCGGCCGAUGGACAGGAGUAUGAUGUCUCCGGGUGUGACCCUGACAUGUGCCUGACGCCUGAUGACACCACCGGCUACACCUUGAAGGAGAGCUCCCUCGCGGUGCAUAGCUUCGGAGUCACCACCGAAUGCGCCGACGGCUACAUCGGCACUCCGAAGGUGACUGUCUGCGCGGGCGAUGGCAUCGCGUACGGCGUAACCGGCUGCGAAGAAACGACUACCACUACUUCGACGACCACGACCACGACAAUCACCACAACAAGUACGACUACAACCACGACUACAACAACCACCUCAACCACCACAACCACUUCUACGACAACGAUUACCACAACCACCACUAUCACCACCACGACAACAACCACAAGCACCAUCACAACUACCACGACGACCACCAGCACAAGCACGUCGACCACUACCACCACUUCAACCACGACCAUCACCACAACCACCACUUCGACCACUACCAUCACCACAACCACCAUCACCACCACGUCUACCGUCACCACCACCACUACCACUUCAACUACCACAUCUACCACCACGACCUCCACAACCACAACCACGACCAGCACUAGCACAAGCACGACGACGACUAGUACCAGCACAACCACGUCGACGACCACAACUACCACCUCCACCUCUACGUCAACCAUUACGACGACAACCAUCACCAGUACUACGACCACAACUUCGACGACCACUACAUCCACAACAACCAUCACGUCGACAACCACGACCACCACCAGCACUUCCACCACCACAACAACUACAAGCACGUCUACAAGCACCACCACCACCUCGACCACUACAAUCACCACGACGACCAUCACGACCACGUCGACCAUCACUAGCACCACAACCACCAGCACCACAACGUCGACCACCACGACCACUACCAGCACUUCAACGUCGACCACCACAACCUCCACGACAACCAUCACCACGACCACUAUCACUACCACAUCGACCACUACAUCCACCACAACUACCUCCACGACCACGUCGACUACAACUACCUCGACGACCACCACGACGAGUACCACGACCACCAGCACCACUACCACGACGUCGACGACCACGACCACUACAACGCCGGCAGUCGACAAGUACGGCUCCAUCAUCAUCGAUGGGAAGCUCUUCCACAAGUUCUGGUGGUACGUCAAGGAUACGGAGUGGCCAGAGGGCAAGACGGACGUCUUCGGCGACUGGUACGGCGCCUGCCAGCACCUGGACGCCUUCUGCUUCGGGAAGCUUCCCGAGAUCGACUCGAACGGUUUGGAGUUGCUGGCCGUGGAUGACAUGGACAACCAGCUCCUAUGGACGUUCGACUCCAAGAACGAGGUGUCCAACGCUGUCUUCCAGGCUAUGAGGUACGGCAAGGUCACCCCAAAGACCACUGGCGAUGCAUGGAUGCCUAAGGUCCUCAAGGGAUCGGUGACGACACUCGCCCAGGAUACCGUCAUGUACCGCGAGCAGGAUGGAAUCAAGUCUUUCCUCUUGGAUGAUGAUGGAUGCGAUUGUCAUUCGACACUCUCCAUGGGCCACGCCAUGUGCGUAGACAGCUGCGACGACACCUACGGCAACUGCAAGAUCAAAGGUGGCGUGGACAAGCUCUCGGAUCGCAAGGAGACGGGUACCGCUGGAGCCGGGGCGCAGUGCACAGGACCUGCAGAAGACCAUGGCCUGAUGUUAUACUACUACCACCCCACCGCUCACGUCGACGUGGACUCCGCCAAGGACGCGCAGAAGACCUUUGGUUCCAUCACGGUGGACGGCACGAAGUACGAGAAGUUUUGGUGGUUCUCCAAGGGUGCCGCUUGGCCAACGGGCAAGAAAGACGUCUUGGGCGACAGCUACGGCGACUGCAAGUCCUCGGACGAGGUGUGCUUUCAGAAGCUCCCCGAGGUGGAAGAGAAGGGCUUGCUCCUGCUGGCUGUGGAUGACCAGGGCAAUCAGUUCGAGUGGAAGUUCGACAGCAGCAACCCAGUGGCGCAUGCCGCCUUCAAGGCGUUCAGGUACGGCACCACCACGCAGAAAGAAUCGGGGACCGAAUGGGCGCCCCGUGUGAUCAAGGGAAGCGUGACGAGUAGUGCCCAGGAUACCCUCAUGUAUCGGGAUCAAGAUGGCAUCCGCUCCUUCAUGCUGGACGAUGAUGGAUGCGACUGCCAUUCGACGUUGUCGAUGGGCCACUCGAUGUGCGGCAACGGCUGCAGCGACACCUAUGGCAACUGCGCGAUCACCGGGGGUGUGGACAAGCUCUCUGACACGCAAGUCACUGGUACGGACGGCUCUGGUGCCGCCUGCACAGGACCAGCCACGGACUACGGCCUCACUCUCUACUACCAUGCUCCAUGA